AUGCCGCGCAGGAAAUUCAUCGAUAAGAAGGACGCGGUCAACUACCGCCUCGUCCACCGCGCCCAAAAUGACCCGCGCAUUCACGAUGCCGACGCCCCGGACAUGGUCUUUGCUGAAAUCGAGGGUCAAAAUACGCGCGAGAAUUCCGAGCUUGCAGGUAGUUCACGAGUCUCGCAAUACUCGUCCGCUUCGAGAUGGACGGCCGCAACUGGGCGAACUGGACGGAGUCAGAUCAAGUCGCGUAGGGACCUAGAGGGAGAAUUCGCUCCCAAUGUUCGCAAGAACGAGGGUGAGGCUGCCAACUAUGGCAUUUUCUACGACGACUCCAAUUACGACUAUAUGCAGCAUAUGCGGGAUCUCAACAGCGGUGCGGGUGACGCCUACUUUAUUGAAGCGAAAGAGCCAAAAAAGAAGGGCAAGCAAAAGAUGGAUUUGGCGGACGCACUUCGUGCAGCCACAUUAGACGACAGACAGAGCGAUGCUGGGAUAAGCGUUAGCAGUAGCGUCAGUCGUGCGGCCAGCGACGUUUUCGGGGAGGAUCUUGCGCCCUCUGAGUUUGUGAGGAAGACCACAUAUCAAGACCAACAGAAUAUUCCAGAUGCGAUUGCAGGGUUCCAACCUGACAUGGACCCGAGGUUGCGCGAAGUACUAGAAGCCUUGGAGGAUGAAGCGUAUGUCGAAAAUGAGGAAGAUUUCUUCGCUGAGCUGACACAAGAUCCUGCCGAGGUCGGACAAUAUGAGUGGGAGGAGCAAGAUUAUGACGACGACACCAUGGAUCGAUUUCUCGACGAAGACGACGCGGGCUGGGAGACUGAUGAUACCAUCAAGGCAUCAUCACCGAAGCCGAAAAAGGAGAAAGAACCUGUCGAACCCACGGACCCAGCAACCUUGCCAGCACCAGAUGAGGCACCGGCACCCGCCGAAGAAGGCCACAUGGACUACAUGGAAGAGUUCAAAAAAUUUAAGAGCGACGCCAAGGCUGGAAAGGCACCCAAGCCAGCUGCGCCUUCGGACAUGCAAUCAUCGAUUCUUACCGGCGCCUCAGCACUCACAGCUGGUGGUCGCAAGAAGAAGCGAAAAGGUGCCCUCACAUCGACCUCCAACUACAGUAUGACUUCAUCAGCACUGCACCGAACCGAGGGCCUCACUCUCCUCGAUCAGCGCUUUGAUAAGAUCGAGGAAGAGUAUGCAGACGACGACUUCCAGGACGACGCUUCGAUGAUGUCAGGCAUGAGCAAAAUGUCUGGCUUCAGCCAAAUGUCUGGCAUGUCUGGCAUGUCGAGCAUGAGCGAGGCGCCACAGCUAAGAUCCGACUUCGACAGCAUCAUGGAUGACUUCUUGGGGAAUCAUAAGACGGUUGGAAAGAGGAACAACAGGAUCAGGAAGGGCAAGGUCAUGAGCGGGCUGGAGCAGCUGGACGAAGUGCGGAAGGGGCUGGGCCCUGCGAGGAUCAAUGGACGCCCGCGGCCUUCGAAUGUAACGGCUUAG